UGCUUGUGACGCACAUUUGAAACAGGAAGUGGUUCACUCAGCGGCUCACGUGAAUGCAAAUCCCCGAAAAGACGCAAAUCGGGUAAAAAAAAAACAAACUACAUUGUCAGUCAUUUUGAUAUUAAAGAUAUGUUCCGUGGAUGUAGCCGCUCGUCAAAGAUUGACAAUGUAUUGCCAAUGUUAUAAAACUAGAGUGUUGCUCGGCACUUCCACUCUCUAUCAAGUCCACUUGUUACAAGAAGGACUUGGAACAAAAAUGGCAAGCUCUCAGCCACAUCUGGUCGGGUCGAGGCAACUGCGAAACACCGGCACGCCGACCCGUGAAGUCUGCGCCGAACUUAAAGACGUGUCGGAAAGCAGAACCGAACCGCAACUGGCGAGGAGAGAGCUGACGAAGGAGGAGCUGCAGAUUCAUAAAUUCCACACAGAAGCAUGUCAGGCAAAGAAGCAGAUGUAUAAUGACCCUUCCAGUGGGUACAAGGUGUUCACAGAGUAUGCUCACCUUCAACGAGAGAAGUGCUGUGGCAGUGCUUGCAGACAUUGUCCUUAUGGCCAAGUCAACGUGAAGGACCCUGCCAUGAAGAAAAUAUUUAAUUCUCUAUUUUAUGUAUAGAUCCAAUGUGGCAAGGUAACAGGUAGGCAAGAUUGUAACAAGAAUCUGGCGCCUUGUUUUGAGCCAUUUUUAGCAGCGUGCUGAAUGAUGAAAUUUGAGUAGUGACUGUGCAAUACCUCCUAUACAUCACAACUAUUCUUCAUUAUUCCCAUUUUGAAUAUGGGGGGGAGGGGAUUGUUCUGUGUCUGACUCUUGUGAAAAAUACAAUUUCAUGGUAUUUU